CAGGAAAGCGCCCGGAUGCGGAGAGCAGCAGCAGUCAGGACAACAUGGUCGCCUGACUGAAGGCAGCGUUUACAGGCGCGUGCUGGAAUCUCGGCGCUCUCUCCAACGGCUCCAACGCUACCUGAGCGCACGAGCGGCUCCGUUUUCUGUUCAAGUUUCCGGGCCGGACAGCCUCGCUCUUUUCGGACUAGUUUCUCUCACGCUGCUGAAGACUUCUCAGUGGACAGGACACGCAGAGGGCCAAAGAAUGGAAUGCUCUCUCCUGCCUACAUUGCUCACGGCUCCAAAGACUGAGGUUAAACGGCUUAGUUAGCAGUGUGCCUCUCCCCCUAGAACUUGCACAGCCAGGGGAGGAAGAGUGUCAAACAAAAGAGAAGGGGAAUUUUUGUUCCUUAAAAAAAGCACAGCACCUUACUUGCGUUUAGUUUAGACUUCUGGAAUUAUUUAUUUUUGGAUUGAGUUCUGAACCUGUUUAAGAGCGGCCGCAAAGAUGGAUUUAGAGUCGUACCUAUGGAUGGUCAUAAUUGGCUUCAUCAUCGCCUUCAUCUUGGCGUUUUCAGUGGGAGCCAAUGACGUGGCAAACUCUUUUGGCACAGCAGUGGGCUCAGGGGUAGUCACAUUGCGCCAAGCCUGCAUCCUGGCUUCCAUUUUUGAAACCCUGGGCUCCAUGCUCCUUGGGGCCAAAGUGGGUGAGACCAUUCGGAAGGGGAUUAUAGACGUCAGCUUGUACAACAACACGGUGCCCACGUUGAUGGCAGGAGAGGUCAGCGCCAUGGUCGGGUCUGCGGUUUGGCAGCUCAUUGCCUCGUUUCUGAAAUUGCCCAUUUCUGGAACUCAUUGUAUCGUGGGAUCUACUAUUGGCUUCUCCAUGGUGGCUAUUGGCACUCAGGGAGUACAGUGGAUGCAGCUGGUCAAAAUUGUUGCCUCCUGGUUCAUAUCCCCUCUGCUGUCAGGCCUCAUGUCUGGUCUACUCUUCUUUGUCAUCCGAUAUUUCAUUCUUAACAAGGAUGAUCCUGUUCCAAAUGGCCUCCGUGCUUUGCCCCUCUUUUAUGCUUCUACUAUUGGCAUCAACACUUUCUCCAUCAUGUACACGGGAGCUCCUUUGCUGGGCCUGGAGCUGCUUCCAGUGUGGGCCAUCGCUCUCAUCACCCUGGCCGGAUCUCUGGUUUGUGCUGCCCUGGUCUGGAUCUUCGUGUGCCCCUGGAUGAGAAGAAAAAUAGCGAGUCGGCUGAAGAAAGAGCAUGUUCUCUCGCGCAUCUCUGACGAGAGUCUAGAUAAGAUCCCAGAGGAGGAAGAGGAGGCUCCAGUGUUUAAAGAGCUUCCAGGAGCAAAGGGCAAUGAUGACGCUGAACUGCCCCUUAACUGGGGAUCCACUGGGGAGUUGAACAGUCUGGCCAACGGAGGCACCGUCCUUCCUAAUGGCAGGGUGUAUGGCCGCACUCACUCUAUGACCAACGGCUGCCUGAAGUCGCCUGUGUCCAAUGGAAGCUUCAGCUUUGAUGGACAUGUUCGCAGCGACGGUCAGGUCUACCACACUGUGCAUAAGGACUCAGGCCUCUACAAAGAUCUGCUGCACAAGAUCCACGUAGGCCGCCUGGAAGACGAGCGCGCCAACUCACGGCCUGACAACAACUACCGGGUCCUGCGACGCAACAACAGUUAUACGUGCUACACAGCAGCCAUUUGUGGUAUGCCUGUGCAGCCUCUCAUGCGCUCUGAGUCCAGUGCCCCACCACCGGAGGACAGCGAGAAACUGGUGGGCGACAGCGUCUUCUACUCUAAGAAGCGCCUGCGCUACGACAGCUACUCAAGCUACUGCAAUGCAGUGGCCGAGGCUGAGAUUGAGGCUGAGGAGGGUGGAGUGGACGUGAAGUUGGGUGCUGAGAAACAUGAGCCAACGCCCCCUGCUGGAGGGGCACUGGAGGACUGCGCUGAUGAGGAUAAGGAGGAGACGGACAAGCCCCAGGUCUUCCUGCUCUUCCAUUUCCUUCAGAUCCUCACUGCCUGCUUCGGUUCUUUUGCGCAUGGUGGCAACGAUGUCAGUAAUGCCAUCGGUCCCUUGGUGGCUCUCUGGAUGAUCUAUGAGCAGGGUGGAGUGAUGCAGGACUCGACCACUCCCGUGUGGCUGCUGUUCUAUGGUGGCGUGGGCAUCUGUGCUGGUCUGUGGGUGUGGGGCCGCCGCGUCAUCCAAACCAUGGGCAAAGACCUCACCCCCAUCACCCCCUCCAGUGGAUUCACUAUUGAGCUGGCUUCGGCGCUCACUGUUGUGCUGGCGUCCAAUAUCGGACUCCCAAUCAGUACCACACACUGCAAGGUGGGCUCGGUGGUGGCCGUGGGCUGGCUCCGCUCCCGGAAGGCCGUGGACUGGCGUCUGUUUCGCAACAUCUUCCUGGCCUGGUUUGUCACGGUCCCUGUAGCAGGCCUGUUCAGUGCUGCUGUCAUGGCCCUGUUCGUCUACGGCAUCCUGCCUUUCGUAUGAGAGGGAGCACAAGGGAUAGAGAGAAUGUAUAAUGAGGCGAUGGGGGCAAAGGCAAGAAAAAAAAAUCAGUAGACCGAAAGAUGGUAAGAUGAGUAGAGAGAUUGAAAUAGAGUUGAUGGAGAUGAGGAGAUGGCCGGGGGGGGGGGAGUGUUUAAAAGCUGCCUGGGGAGCAUCCAGAAUUUUCUGACGUAAUGUUCUUUGUUUUAUCUACAAGUAUUUAUUUUCUUUUUCUUUUUUUUCAGUUUUAGCUGUUGUAAUGUUAGCAGAAACAGUAUGUCUCAUGAAGCAGUGCAUUUCAUUAUCAAAAAAAAAAUGUCUCUAAACCUGUGGGCAUGCAGGCAGAGUUUGCUCACGGUCAAGGCUGUGUCUACAUGGUCAAACGGUCAGAUGCGCACAUAUGAACAGGCACGCACACAAGAAGUGCAUGUAUUCUUAAAUGACCACUCACAAUAUCAUUACACAAGAAAAGAGGGCUCAUAAAGCAACAUAUGGCAGAGCGUAAUCAAUCUGCUACAUUAAAUGACCUAUGGGCCUGUUUCAGGCUUUAUUUGGUCUGCACCAUACUGGAUGUAUAUCAUAUACCGUAUACACUGAAAUGCAAAAACUGUUCAAUUUUUAAGUAAACUGUAAAAAAACUGUCCAGGCCAUGCAAAUAAUACACUGCAAUAACUGCUGUAUCUGAUUGAGCUAUGAUUUAAGGUCCCUAAAAUCAGCUAAGUGUAAAUACUGUGUCAUACAAGUUUGCAUACCUCAACCUCAACCAGCUCUCUGCCAUCCAAAAGCAAAGCUAGUGAGUGAGUCAAAAUAAAAGUGGAGAGUGGAGUAAAACACUAAGAAUCAGAUUUUAAUCAUCAUUAUGGGGUAAAUAAAACCCCUUUUAUAUUUAUUCAGACAUUUCCGUAAGCUUUUUUAAAAUAGAAGUAAUAAGAAGGAUAUCACACUUAAUUAUGUAUGCUAACAUUUCUACUGUACAUAUUUUCCAUGAUGGACUUUGGAUACAUUUUUAUUUGCUCUUCCUGUCUCGAUGUCUCUUAAUAUUAUAGAAGCUUCAGUGCUGGGCCGGAGUAUUGACAGAUACGAAGCUUUGACAGAGUCAUAAACUACUGGAGAUCAAUACAAAGAAAUGAUAAUGAAAAUAUCACAAGACUAUAAUGUUUCAAACAAAUCAAAAAUAAUUUUUUUUAUGAUAAUUCUCUGGCUAAAGCUCAUAUUUAAACCAAAUGUACCCCCCCCCAACUCCCUCUUAGCAAGGCAUUUCCUACUCACUGGAACUGGGGGGAAAUCUUAAUACUGCACAUAUCUGUGAUCAGCUGAACAUGAAUGCUAAAUAUCGUACUUUACAAGAAGUCUAAAAUGAUUUUGGACGUAAGACACUGUAAAUUGUCCAAAACAAGACCUGCCAAUGUGUUUUUUCUAAUAUAAGAGCUAUUAAAAUUGACUUUCUUCUGGGGUGUCAAGAACCAUGACUUAUACAGUAGAGGUGUCUCAAUAAUUCACUUAGCUCUUCGUAGAAAUGUUUUACCAAAGACUUCAAUUGCAAUUGGAAGCUUUUUUUAGUCUCCCAUUCAUCCCUUUUUAAGGUUAUUUGAGAAAUCUGUUUAUCUGUGCUGAUUUACAAGAAUGCUUUUAACGGUUCUGGUAAAUAUUAAAUACAACAUUGUAAACAAAACAAUAUCCAGAAGUAUAUUAAAAUGCCAGUAGACCCCAUUAAUAAAAAUAAUGCCAAGAUAAUGCCUAUACGUGCAGCUACAGCCAAAACCUACUUAACAGCACACAGUGCUGUCCCAUUGCACAAACACACGCACACACUCACAUACACAACCACCAUCACUACACCAGCAUUCGCACGUACUCUUUUAAUAAGGCAGUGUUAGACACUCUGUGGAUAAAUAUGGCCUCCAGUGCACAAAUGUGGUGAAUUACAUUAACACUACAGUGUCACUUGAUGUAAUCCCACUGUUUCUCCAUGCAAAGUCCUGAAUACAUGCAGCUGAUAACACACUGAGACACCUCAGCAAUAUCAUUCGUCAGACAGGACCGUGUGCAGACAUUGUGUUGAAUCUGCUGUUGCAGCGCUACAAAUGGAUCGAGAAAGGAAGAGUUUGGUUGAUUUUUGACUGUGAGAGCAUGUUUUAGAACCUUUGGUCAGAACGCGGCCAUGCGGACACAGCAUGUGUGGUCAGAUGAGGUCAACAUAUCAAUAGGUCAUUGUCGAUGGUUACUGGUCGUUCAGUUCUGUUUCAGUUGUUUGCUUAGCCAGGUGUGGCUGAUGUUGACAUUAGGACGGUGGUUUGAAAGACACCUUAAUACUCUGCCUCUGGAUAGUCACCAGAUUUGUACAACGUGUGGCUUUGAACCAAUGCAAAGUGUUAACUUUUUUUUUUUCCUUGUGUGUGUAUUAUACUUUUUGUUUUUAUCUUUCAUCAUGAACAAAUCUAUGCUUCAAUGGCCAUUUGCCUUGUAAUAUUGUGCUUUACUGUUUGUCAGAUACAGUAACUUCAGUACUGUGGUGUUUACAUUGUCAUAUUGUAGAAAUAACUCAUUACAGUUGCCUAAAAAUGUCAAUGAAAGACAAACUAUUAACUACAAAUGAAGUAAGAAAUAACCAGGAAUAGUGCAAGGUGUCUCAUGUCCUUUCAUGUUUUAGUUUGUAGCGGUGUGAAAUAUGAUCAUGUGUUACUCGUACACCGCUGCACUUAGAAAAAAAAGGAAUAAUAAAACUGUACAUGAUGGGUGUGAUUUAAAAAAAUUAAAUCAAUAGAUAUAUAAAUUUCAUUCAAACUAUAUUUUUCUACAUAUCUGAGUUUUACCUUGAGUGCUGACUUUUGUCAUGGAGAGUGAACUGGGCUCGAACAAGUCCUGUUAGACAUUUAUGUGAUGUUGAGAAAUGGAUCUAAAAUAUGUCCUGAUCUAAUGGUUUCUUGAUUAAUGCAAUAUAUAACAGAAUAAUUCAGGUAAGGGUUUUAACAGACUAAAAACACUGAGGGAUACUUUGAGAGAUUCCAUAUAUCCAUUGAUUCUUUUGCCCAGGGAAUUCUCUCCUUUGUUUGAGAGAGCGAGAGAGUGGUUGCUAAUUGUUCAAAUUCAGCGAUGUUCAUGAUUAUUUUUGGAAAGUAAAGGAUAAAAAAAUACUUUGUAAUUUUGUUUCCCUGCAUUGCAAUAGUAAGUUGCCAGAUAGAACCUCCACAGCAGUGGCGUUACCAUUGUUUAGACAGAUGGGAACACAGCGAGGUUUUUCACCAGACCUGUCACUCUUACAAACCAGCCGGUGACAUUACCUGCUUUUCGGCAGUUGCUCUUUCUAUUGCUGGCAUAUUUAUGUGUAUAUAGUGAAACUUCAUACGGCCAAUGUCUCUCAGAGUAUGCAGUAGCAUGCGCGGCCACAGGAGGGUAGCAUUUAACUAAAAACAGAUCCCUCACUUAGGACAAAAGUGCCAAUGGCUAUGCUUCGUGGAGCUUCAUAGAAAACUUGCAAAACCCUUCUGAAAAUCAGUAAAUCAUUGUGGUUAUGAACAAACCUGAUAUGAAUUCAACCUAUCAGUAUACAGUAUCACAUCAGUGGAUUUUUUGUGCAAGGAAACCAUCUAGUUAAUGGUGUAGGGAAAAAGGUGAAGGUUCCAGUUUUCUUCUUGGCAGCAUAUCAACAUUCUCCCUUAGUGGAUGUACUGAUUGCGUUUAUUUUCUAUGUUCUCAUCUGCAUUUAAAACUAGACAGAAUGUAGCCUACUCCUUUGCUGGCCUGCUGACGCCUGCUAUGUGUUGUCUCUGUACUGCCAUGCUGUUAGUGCCAUGCUGUAAACUGUCUGGUACCCUCUUAAGACAAGGCUGUAGACCUAACAAUACUACCCUUAACUGCAUAUGUACUGUAUUAUUGUUUUAUUUCUUUUGCAUUUUUUGUGAGAGUUGUCUGCAUUUUAACUAAUUAAAUUAUGGGAAUUAAAAUUACAAAGAAUAACA